AUGUUUCGCUUUUGCUAUGGACAACCACAUCGAAAAAAUGGUACCAUUGAAGUGGUGCCGAAAACAGUAGCAAAGGCAAUUUUCGGAUUUCACACAAUAGCGACAUUAAUCGUUUUUACGAUUUUUAUGAAAUUUCGUUCACGUUUCUCAUUUGCUCAAUUUCUUCUUGGCUCAGGAUUGUUUUGUUAUAUUCCACCAACGAGUAAAGAACUGAAAGAAAAAAUACAAAUUGUUAGCGCAACCAAAAAUCGUAAACGUCGAUUUAUUCGUUAUAGCGAUAUUUUGUGUUUACCGCAUUUUAUAACACUUUCAUGGAUCGUCGAUUUUACUGUUUUCACAUUGCUUAUUUAUUCGCUCAGUGAAAUUUUCUGCUUUAUAUUUCCGGAUAGUGUCGAUAUAAAUGUUUCAAUCGUAUGGCUGCUAUUAGCGAUUGGAUUUUUGUUACAGGCCCUUGCAAACAUGGUUGUAACUUUUUUUUCUGGCGAAAAGCUUGAAGCAGAAAGGAAUUUGAUGAUAUCUUUUGCGGCUGUUUUCUUUCUUUUUUCGAUGAUUUUUAUGGUAUUUGGUGAAAGGUUUUUUGAUGUCACUAUUAACAAAGCCUACGAAUCAUUUAUAAAUUCUACCUCUGAAUUUUUUACUGCUGUGGAUUUCUCGGAUAAUUUGCAGAAGCGCUCACCUAUUCUCUUGUUUGUUUCUUUUUCAGUUAUGUUUGCUGCUAUGUCAUCUAUGCUAGUCUUUCCCAAUUUCCGUUAUGCACGAAUGUAUACCAACGUUUUAAAUGAUGCAACUCCAGGAUACAAAUUAAUUUAUCACUCGGUCUUUCUUUUACAAAUUUUUCCAUUGAUAUUAUUCACCAAUCCAGUUCGUAAUUAUUUGCUGAAUGGACCUCGAAUUAGAUUAACUGAAGAGGAACUUGCUUCUUUGCGAAUUAUUUCCACGGUUAUUUCGACACUGGUUCGCGUUGCAUUUUAUCGAAGUCAUUUGCAGUCUCAUCUUAAUUUGGCCAAGAAGUCUUUAGAAAAAUUGCAUACUCAAGCUGGCAAUAUCAAUAAUAACGAAUUGCAACAGCUAGUAUAUCGCUAUUUGUCUUAUUUGAACGUUGCGGCAUUGCAAUAUUUUAUUCCUGCACUUCUGCCACUAUUCGUUGUUUUACUUCUCAAAACAUUAGGUGAUUACUCGUGGUUAGGCACUCAACAUUCAUAUGCCAUGAUAACAAGAGAUAAAAAAUCAUUGGCUUCACUACGUUUACUUUUCAAUAAAACCGUUCAGCGUGGCCUUUGGUCGCUUUGUCUCAUUAUAACACUACUUGUAAAUAUAUCCUUGUCAACCAUUGGUGUAAUUUAUAAUUCAUAUUUCGAUGCUAGCUAA